AUGGGAGUAAACGGUUUUACUACAUUCUUCAAAGGUAGUCCCGCUGGAAAAUCUUUACCACUCUCUGAUUUAGCAAAAGAUAAAAAAUUGGUGAUAGGUGUUGAUGGUAAUGCAUUAUUCUAUUUCUUAGCUGAUAACAUUCUGACAUCUUCUGGAUCAUAUGUUAAUUUGAGAAAUGAGAUUGUCAAAUACUUUGAAACACUAUUGAAGUUCAACAUUGAACCUGUUGUCUUUUUGGAUGGUCUAUCACCGAUUGGCAAGUACCAAGAGCUUGAAAUGAGAUUCCAAAGCAAACUAUCGGAGCUACGUAAAGUCUCUGAUAAUCUGUUGAAUUCCGAGCCAUUUCCUUUCAUUUCAACACCGACCAUCAAAUUGAUCUCUGUUCAAUUCAGACGUAUUUUGGAGGAGUUGAACAUACAAACAUACGUUGCAUUCCAAGAGGCUGACUACGAGGUUACACAAUGGGCUGUCGACAACAAAGAUAGAGUAUUUGGUAUCAUAUCGAAUGACUCUGACUACUAUUUCUUCACUAUGGGUGAAUGUUACUUCAUACCUUUGAACAACCUCAAAGUAACAGAUGAUUCAAUCACAGCUAUCGGAUUUAAAUCAAGAAUAACCGCUGAUUACCUACAGAUUCAAGAAAAACACUUACCAUUGUUGGCAACACUGAUAGGUAAUGACUACACAAAGUAUCUGAAAUCAAAGUAUGUUGGUAGUCCUCAAUCUAGAAUAUCGAGCAUAAUCAAUAAUCUAAAGAAAUCAAAGAAUCUCUCACCUGUAUCAAUCUUGAAAGAAAGUUUUAGAACACUUAGCAAGACAGAUUUAGAUAAUUGUUUAAAUUCAUAUAGUUACUAUUCAGUUAGAGAUGAACCUAAAUCAGAUAGAUUAGGAUUCUACAGUGAGAAUGGUAUAUUCUUUAGAUACUCACAGCACUCUGAUUACGAAAGAAUAAGUGCCAAACCUUAUUACAAACGUUUCUUCUCGGUUGCUUGUAUGGUGAACUACAACUACCUCUCUCUUCUCUACUCACAUAUGAACCAAGUAUCUAGUUUCUGUUUUGAACCUACCAUUCCAUAUCAAAACUCAUUGAUUUACUACACCUCUACACUUAGACAACUGAUGUUUGGUCUUUUAGACUAUCCACCAAAGUCACAACCAUUAAAAUAUGCUGAUUUGAUUCCAGAUAGUCGUUCAUAUCAAAAGGUAAUGAUGACACCGAUAUAUGGCGAGUUUGGAAUGGAUGACUGUUGGAAUGGUUCAGUGCCAUUGGAGAAGCGUAUCUAUGAAUUUGCGUCGUGGUUCAAGGUGUUGAACCAACUAAAACUACUAGAGUAUUCAAAGAGAUACUCUGAUACUGCUGUUGUUAUUGCCUCUGCUAAAUAUCAAUGUUUUGACGAUCUGCUUGUGAUCCUGUUCAGUAGAUUCCUGCUUGGUUUGAAGCUGUGUAUUGUCAUCGAUGAAUGGAUGAUCACCGACUACUUUGCGACGCUCUACUUCUUAUCGUACACUAUUGUCGAGGUUAUGAAUAUACCCAGCAAUAUUCAAUGUCAUUUGAAGUCACCACACCAAGUUCUAGAUUCAACCAACUUGCAUCUCCUCUGGCAAUCGGCAACCAAGAGACUUGUCGGCAUACCACCAACCACUGCUGGCAAUGCUGCCAAUCGACUUGGUCAUCUCUUCCCAAGCUUCAAAGACAAUAUCACAGCAGAUCAUCUUCAACAUUUUAAUUAUCUUAAAAAUGAAAUCUAUUCAAAUCUUAAAUUAUCAAACGACACAACAACAACCACAACCACUACUACCAAUCAAUUAAUCAAUGAAAUGUCUACCUUAAAAGUAUAA